CAGCCUUACAGCUCAAAUUCUGGCCCUUCUGACAUUAUUUUUGUCUCACAAUUCCCAUUAAAAGGAAUAUUUUUCACAACGCCAACCCCCUCCUCCUCGCGCAGUAAUCAAUGAAAAGGACAGUUCAAUUAUAAAUGUCUUCCGAAAACUGCCCUUGAAAAGUAUAUUUUGACACCCAAAAUCUCUCUCUCUCGAGUGGUUUGGGGGUAACAAUGGAAGACAUGGGGCGGCCGAGUUAUGGUGGCGGUGGUGACUGGAGGCCAAAGACGGUGAGUGGUUCUGGAAAUCGGAUGUACACGACAUCGAGUCAGCCUCAUUCGCCUGAUUUGCCACCGGUUCCAGCUGUCACUAGGCCGAGCCAGGUGGCGGCGAAGCCAUGGGGAUUCAAUGAUCCUGAAAUGAAGAGACGGAAGAGAAUUGCAAAGUACAAAGUGUACACUGUUGAAGGUAGAGUCAAAGUAUCAAUCAGAAAUGGAUUCCGUUGGAUCAAGAACAAGUGCUCUGAACUCAUCCAUGGCUAUUAGGUUGAUACUGUUUCUUUAUUUCAGCUUUUUUUCUCCUUUUCUGUGUCAGAUUUAUGAAUUUCAGACAGGAUCUUGACUGGUUUUAUUGAAUUUAGAUUGUGUUUAUUUUUGGACAUAUUUUAGGAUUUGUUCAUCGUUGAGAAAGCGUUUAAAAAACGAAUCGUUAAUGUGUGACUGUCUAUUUUUAAAGUUCUCUCUCGUUUAAUUCA